AUGAAAUUAAUAGUCAUCAUUUCAGGUGCACUUAAAAGUGGGCAGAGACGGGGAAAGAAGGAACAAAAACUUCCACCUCACCUCCUUGCAUUCUACACGUUCUCUCGUCCUCACACCGUCUUCGGAACUGUACACCAAAUAACGUCGGUUUCACUUCUUCCGGUGCGAGCAAUUACCGAUUUGUCUCCAGCAUUUUUUGUAGGAUUACUGAAGGCGGUGGUGCAAUCUAUUCUGAUGGGAUUGAAUCAAUUGUUUGAUGUUGAUAUGGACAAGGUAAUUUUUGAUCCAAACACUAUCUAUCUCCCUUUGGCUUCUGGUGAAUUCUCAAUGAGAACUGGAACCACAAUUAUUUUGACAUCUCUCUUUAUGAGUCUGGGUAUGGGAAUUGUGUUCAAAUCACCCCCACUUUUGGCUGCUCUUCUCGUUAGUUUUCUUCUGGGCAGUGCAUAUUCAAUCGAACUAUGUAAUAUUUUACGCAUAUAUCUUCCAUUACUCAGAUGGAAAAGACAUGCAUUUUUAGCAGCUAGCUGCAUCUUGAUUGUAAGAGCUGUUGUUGUUCAGCACGCCUUUUUUGUGCACAUCCAGCAAUAUGUGCUUGGUAGGCCAACAGUGGUUACGAAAUCACUAAUGUUUGCAGUCAGCUUCAUGUGCUUAUUCUCUGCAGUUAUCGCUUUGUUCAAGGACAUUCCUGAUGUGGAUGGAGAUAGAGAAUUCGGCAUUCAAUCAUUCAGCGUUCGCCAAGGACAACACAAGGUGUUCUGGGUGUGUGUUACAAUGCUAUUAAUUGCGUAUGGAGCUGCUGUUGUUGUGGGAGCAACUUCAUCUGUUCUACCAAGCAAGCUUGUCACUAUAUUUGGCCACUCUAGUCUUGCAUUGUUUCUAUGGGUUCGAGCUUCUUGUGUUGAUGUGACCAACAAAGUAUCCGUUACUUCUUUUUACAUGUUCAUCUGCAAGUUAUUCUAUGCCGAAUACCUUGUAAUCCCAUUUGUACAUUGA